CGCUGUUGCAGUGCUUUGCUGCUCUCCUCUCUUGUCUCUCUCUUUUCUGCUUGCUUUCGUACUCAGCGCUUCGCCUCUUUCUCCUCCUCCAUCUCUUCCACCUCCUCCUCCCUCCCUGCGGAUGUCUCAGGCGUGCACCCCCGGCAAAUGGUCGCUCCAUCCCCCCCGGCAAGUGUGGACGCAAGACGCAAAGGAAAAGACUGUUCUGAUCUGAUCUAAAGCACGCUGCGGAUUGACACGAAAGAGAGGCGGACCGAGGGAAAGAGAGGAAACAAGGAGACGCCGGUCGCUGAUUAGUGGCCAGGAUCUCAUCUCGAAAUGCCGGUUCCAGAUCAGCCUGCAGAGCAGGAGAAGGGGGCCAUGGUCCCCCCGGUGAUGCCAGCCUCCAAUGGAGACAGAUCUGAGACAGAGACGACCUCAUCCAUCCUUGCCUCCGUCAAAGAGCAGGAGCUUCAGUUUGAACGCCUGACUAGGGAACUGGAAGCAGAGCGUCAGAUUGUCGCCACCCAGCUGGAGAGAUGCAAGCUGGGAUCAGAGGCAGGAAGCAUGAGCAGCAUAAGUUCGACAGAUGAGCAGUUUCGCUGGAAUGCUCAAGCUGACGGACAAAAGGACAUUGAGGAUGAGCUGACCACAGGACUGGAGCUGGUGGAUUCUUGUAUUCGCUCUCUCCAGGAAUCAGGAAUACUUGACAGUGGAGAACGACCGGCUCUUCUUUCCCAGAGUUCCUUGCAGCUCAACUCCACCCCUGAGGCUUCGCUCCAGUACUCUGCCAGCUACCAUAGCAACCAGACCCUCGCCCUUAGCGACAGCAUCUCCGCAGCAACUCCUCAGCAGCGCGGCGGGCAGGUUGGAGGAGCGGUGCACAGCUACAACCAGGUGACAUCGACCCGUGCAGCCCAGCAACAACAGUCUCAAAGUGGAGCAGGUUCAGGUAUCUAUUACUCCAGCUCCACCUUACCUGCCCAGCGUGUCAGCUCCCCUCUGUCUGGAGGAGGAGGCGGCUCUGGAUCUGGUUCCCCCAGUAAACUCCAACGCCUGGGAUCAUCCUCUGACUCACCAGGGUACUCUACCACUCAGCGCCUGCCCUCCUCCUCCUCCCCAAACAAACAGUCUCCUGCUAAUCGACUGGCCAAAUCAUACAGUACUACAGUCGCUGUAACAACAGCAGGAGGGGGCGGGUCUCCUUUGAGGGUAGCAUCCCCCCCCAACUCUAUAGCCGGAGGAGGAGGAGGAGCAGGCUCAUCACUGUCUCCUCUUCACCAGAUAAGUUCAGGCAUAGGGAGCUAUGCCACACUGUCUCCCAAACGGCUUGCCGCUCACCACGCGUCUGACCAGUACAAGAUUUCUCACGAGCUGUACGCUACGGCUACACUGCAGAGGCCUGGCAGUCUAGCAGGCUCUCGUGGCUCCUACAGCAGUCAACAUAGUCAAGAGCCCCUUCGGCCCUUGGGGUCCCCAGAGCACCACAUAGAUCCCAUCUAUGAAGAACGUGUCUACCACAACAAGGGUCCUAUGAGGAGUCUCAGCCAAAGCCAGGGGCCUGACACAGGCCCCUUCCGCAACAACACGGCUCCUUCCUCCCCUGGUGUCGACUCAGCCCCUUUGCAGCGUACAGGAAGCCACGGCACAGCGACGGGAAACUACAGUCGUGGUGGGAAUAACAACUAUGCCACAGUGGGACCAGGCUACACAAGCGGAGGUGGUGGAGGUGGGGACUUGUAUGGCUCAGACCCUUACGUGGCGGACCCUUAUCGAACCCUACAGUACUGUCCCUCAGUGGUGGAAUCACCCUACAGCAAAUCUGGACCUGCUCUGCCUCCAGAAGGCACCCUGCAACGUUCACCAUCCAUCGACUCUAUUCAGAAAGACCCCAGAGAGUUCGGGUGGAGAGAUCCGGAGCUGCCAGAGGUGAUCCAGAUGUUACAGCACCAGUUCCCAUCGGUACAGUCCAACGCUGCAGCGUACCUACAGCAUCUCUGUUUCGGAGACAACAAGAUCAAAGCUGAGAUACGCAGGCAGGGAGGCAUCCAGCUGCUGGUGGACCUGCUGGACCACAGGAUGAGCGAGGUUCACCGUAGCGCCUGUGGUGCUCUGAGAAACCUGGUGUACGGCAAGGCCAACGAUGAGAACAAAGUCGCCCUAAAGAACUGUGGGGGAAUUCCUGCCUUGGUCCGCCUGCUGAGGAAGACCGGAGAUGUGGAAAUCAAAGAGCUGGUCACAGGUGUGCUAUGGAAUCUUUCAUCAUGUGAUGCUCUGAAGAUGCCAAUCAUCCAGGACGCCCUGGCUGUUCUGACAAAUAGCGUCAUCAUACCCCACUCUAGCUGGGACUCCUCCCCGACACACCUUGAAGACCGUAAGCUCCACCUCCAUACGUCACAGGUGCUACGCAACGCUACAGGUUGCCUCAGGAAUGUAAGCUCGGCUGGUGAAGAGGCCAGACGGAGGAUGAGGGAAUGUGACGGCUUGACGGAUGCCCUGCUUUACGUCAUCCAGACCUCUCUGGGAAGCAGUGAGAUCGACAGCAAGACUGUGGAGAACUGUGUUUGCAUCCUGAGGAACCUGUCGUACCGCUUGGCCGCAGAGACGUCCCAUGGCCAACAGGGGGGGUUGGAAGAGCUGGACAGCCUGCUUUGUGAUGCAAAUGGACGUGACGGCGAAAGCUCUGGCUGCUGGGGCAAGAAAAAGAAGAAAAAGAAGGGGGCUGAUCAGUGGGAUGGCGUGGGUCCCUUUCCUGAUACGGCCGAGCCCCCAAAAGGGGUUCAGAUGUUAUGGCACCCCACUAUCGUCAAGCCCUACCUCACCCUGUUGUCUGAAUGCUCCAACCCCGACACUCUGGAGGGAGCAGCUGGAGCUCUGCAGAACCUGGCUGCAGGCAGCUGGAAGUGGUCGGUAUACAUCCGGGCAGCUGUGCGUAAGGAGAAAGGCCUUCCAAUCCUGGUGGAGUUAUUGAGGAUAGACAACGACAAGGUGGUGUGUGCCGUGGCCACCGCUCUCAGAAAUAUGGCCCUGGACAUCAGGAACAAGGAGCUCAUUGGUAAAUAUGCCAUGAGAGACCUGAUCCAUCGGUUACCAGGCAGCAGUAGCAGCAGCAACAACAACGCCACCAGCAGUGGGACCUCCGGGACCACAGGGCCUCCCAGCAAGGCCAUGUCAGACGACACUGUAACUGCCAUCUGCUGCGCACUACAUGAAGUCAUCACUAAGAACAUGGAGAACGCCAAAGCCCUGCGUGAUGCUGGCGGGAUAGAAAAACUCAUCGGCAUCGCCCGUAGCAAAGGAGAGAAACACUCAGCAAAGGUGGUGAAGGCAGCCUCUCAGGUCCUCAGCAGUAUGUGGCAGUACAGAGACCUGCGCUCCCUCUACAAGAAGGUCAGCACAAGCGCUCCAGCCUCCCCCAGAGAGAUGAUGAGUCUGAAGGAACGCAAGAUGGACUACGAUUCCACGGCAACCAACGCAGGUUUCCAUAGCAACAAAGGAGAGCACACAUCCCGGAAAGACGGCAUGGCAGUUCAAGUAUCCUGUGGGACGUCAACAUUGUUCCGGAACUCCUAUCUAACUGCCAGUGAUGAUAUCAAGCAAAACCAGGCUCCAGCCCAGCCCUGCAUCGUGCCCCCCCAGCCCCAGCAGGAAAGCCCAUCAGCAGCGGUUCUAAAAGACUACGACCCCUACCCUCCCCCUCCUUCCUUCCCCCAGCCUCAGCCGCCGCAGCCUCCACCUCACAGCCAGAGCCGGAGCUUCGAAGAUGUCUACUACGAGGAGCAGGGACCUCUGCCUCCACCUUCACAGCCACAGACACAGAUCCAGGCACAGGCCCAGCCUCAGGCCCAACCCCAGCAGCCUCCGACAUCAGGCGGGCCACCUAGAGACCCACGGGAAGACCUGCGUAUGCAUCUGGGCCUCAAAUCAACCGGCAACUACGUAGACUUCUACUCGGCCUCUCGGCCCUACAGCGAACUUAACUACGAGACCAGCCACUACCCGGCCUCGCCUGACUCCUGGGUUUAGUUAGACUAAGGUGACAGGGGGGUGAGGGAGAGUGUGUGUGACAGGGAUUAUUUUUGCAAGUGAUCAACAGCAGAAAAACACAAGGUGACAGCAAGCGGCAAGAUGAAACUGGGACUUGUAACCAGUGGCAGAAAAUUUCAAACAUGGGGGAAGAUGGAAGUCAAUGUUAAGAAGUGAAGUAAGGUCGAGAGAAAAGAGAAACUGUGCAUGUGCAUGCCAACACUUUCCUUUUUUUUCCAGACAGCUUUAUUUCUUCAAAGUCAGCUCCAUUGCACUGAUGAGUGGAAUGGGUGGGAGUAGAUAAGAAGAAGAGCGUUUGAAAAGGUGAUGAGGAGUGGGCUGGGAUAAACACAGGCAGAGAGGAAACAAGCAGGUAGAGAGAGAGGACAGAGAGGAGAGAGGGGAUCAGCAUAGAUUUGUAUAAGUAGAUGCCUCUUUCAGGUUUCUGACAUGCAUCUAUGCAGGUGCCAUUUUGGAGAGGUAUAGCUGCAGCUCACAGUGAAUGUAAGUCUAUGACUAUGAUGCAGGAAACUUGAUUCAAAUAAAAGUGCAUGUUUGUCAUAGUAAAAACGGCAAAGAAACAUCACCAAAAAAUACUGCUGUAGAAGACACUCUGACACAGCAGCACUCAGUCAUUUACAUUUUUACAACAUAGUACACACUAAUGAAAUGAGUUCAUACUAACCCAGCCAUACACGUGCAUUUCCCUGUCAGUAUGCCGCUCUCUGACUUGUUCAUGAUAGCCCCGUCUUGUAAAGCUGCUGGCUCAGCAGUACGUCGGUACUUAGUACACUAAAACCAUCAGACAAAUCUCAGCCAUCAACAUCCGGGACACAAGUACUAAGUACUAAACUACAUUCUCCUGAGACCUGAGCUUUUGUUUGGAAUGCAUUUUUAGUUUGUCCUACUCAUUUGGAAUCAGUAGAACCUAAGUAUAAAAUCUAAGCCUUGUCUUUGAACGGGAAGUAGUUUUCCCCGACAGUGAUGUCUGCAUAUGUGGACUAUAUCUUACUGUACAACACUCAAAAAAUACAGAUUUUUCAACGUUUUUAAUUUCAAUAAAUUUUGAGUGUGUCAGCCAGAGGGUCGUUCAGUUAGUAAGAAACAUUUUCAUUCAUUCAGAGAUGUACUUGUAGCUCUUUUUUUUCUGAUGAUGAACCACAAGAACUUUUUAAGCCCAUGUAUGAAUAAAAUUUCGACUAAAAGUUCUGGAGACCCUGGAGAAUUCCAUUUAAAACAAUGGGAGAUUCCCAAAAUGUAAAAAAUCCCCUAAAUUCUCUAAGAUGUCAAAGAUAUUACUGGAAAAAAUCAGAGAAAAUUCAAAUAUCCCUUAAAAAAAUACCCCAAAAUUUCCUCAAAUAUUCCCCAAAUGAAAAGAAAAUCAAAUUAUGUCACUACAAACUCUUUCAAAUUUACAAAAAAUUAUAAAUAAUUCCCCAAAUUUCAAUGGAAAAUUAUGGAACAUUCCCAAAAUUACUCCUACAGAAAAUUCAUGAAAAUUUCACAGGAAAUUCCCUACCUGAAUUUCCACAUUAAAUUACAAUAAAUUGUACAAAUAAAUUUCCAUGAAAGUACCAAAAAAUGUUAAAGCCAAAGUGGCUAGUUGAAGUCACUCUGUUACCAGCCACAGCUCAAAUCUCCUUGCAUUUGGCUAGUUGGUGGGUGUAAAUGUAAAGCCCUGCUAAAGACCAUGAUAUUAGACUAUCUAAAAGUCUUCUUUAAAUGUACAGAAGAGUGUUGUAUUCCCCCGAAAAAUUACAUUUGAGAAAGUAUUUCCAAGUAUCCUGGAUCAUAAAUACAUGUGUGAUUUGCAUAUCAAAGGCUUAUGAACAUUCUAAUCAAGGCUAGACCUUCUGCCACCACAUUAAUUUUAGCUGAAGCUCUUCCCCUCUGAAUGGCGCCUGCAUGGACGUAUUGCUGCUGUGAGCUGCUUCAUCUACAUGCAUGUAGCUAUGAAGUACUGGGGAAGCAGAUGAGGCUGAGUUUUAACACUAAGGUAGCAGGAAGUGGCCUGUCCAUUGUUAAAGACAAAGAGAGGAGCAACGUGAGGAUUGUUGAGGGGGCUGGGUGGAAUAAAAGCACAGAAAACAAUGAAAGCACAUGAGGCACAAGGUGAAAAGUGGAUGUUUGCCAUUUCACCGGAGUGACAAACGUAGCACUGCUUUCCUCCGCUUGUUUUUUGUUGCGAUGGCCUUGACGCCUUCACAGGCUUCUCAGUUUAUGUUCUUGGAAUGUCAUCUCUUCUCAACUUUUUGUCUCCAUUCUUUACAUUUUCACAUUUUUAUUUGUACACUUUGAAAUUGUCAUGUAAAAGAAGCCUUUUUAUUUUCAUUGUACAGUUCAAAGUUGAUAUAGUGUGUAUAUUACACAUGUUUUUGAUGGGGCCACUUAUGAAACUCUUUUUCCAUAACCUUAACAAGAAAACGAACACGAGACACAAAAACCAGAGACAAAGACGGACAGGAUGGAGAUGGAACACCUUUGUUUUGACCUUUUUCAGCCAGAGAGGAAACCCUGCAGUGUGUUUCUCUCUCCAUCAGUGAAUUUUGUUGUGGACACACUUUAACGUGAAGAGCAGUUCCAUGCUGCCACAUCAAUAGAUUGGCAGAGCAGCAUCACUCCGGAGUCCUUGUCAACAAAAAGUGCUUUUUCACUGCCGAAAGAAUUGAUGUGUAUGUUUAAAGCACACUCUGUCUUUGGAAAGGAUCUCUUUUUUUCCUUUUCAGGAGCUGAUCUGUUUGACCAUGUCAACUUUAAGUGGUUUCUCAUUGUUACUUGUGCGUAGGAACUGGUCCAUCCGACAGUGAGUGUUGUACAUGUCGGUGUAUGAUGGGAACAAGAACAAAGAGGGAGGCGUGACAUUGUGCCAAACUUUGACACCUCAUGGGCCAGUCUGAUUGGACUUUAAAGGGACAUUCUGUCAAAGUUAAAGACAAUGACCGAGGAGGAGGAUUCCUCUGCUGUUUGUAACUUUUAUUUUCUUGUGUUUUAAUCAGGUGAAGCCGUACUUUUUGCUGGGGAUUAUGGGUAACAUCUCUCUCCCAUAGAUGUACAGACCUGCCUCUCUGUGUUGACUGAGUGUGUGCGGACACAAGCGUGUGUGCGUUUGUGUGCAUGUGUGUGACAGAAUGUGUGCGUACACGUAAACCUGAGCGAGCGUAUCUAUGCAUGCAUGUGUGUAGUAGUGUGCGUAUGCCUCUGUUGCGUGUAUGUGUGUGCGUUCCUGUAUAAAUCAGUGUCCAAACAAGGCAUUCCUACCAACAGUUUGUCCGGUUUUACAACAUGAACAACCAAGGUAAAAAUCACUAGAAUGAAAUGUUGAUAUAGAAUGACAAAUCUAUGAAUAUAUGAAUAUAAAUAUAAAUAUAUAUAUAAUUUUUAUGUGCAGAUGUCAGUGUCACUAAAUGCAAGAAAUGUUCGCAGAGAAAAAAUGAUAAUGUGAUGUACAACAGGACUCUUGUUCACUUGACCUAAACGUGGAAGCUGCUGAUAAGAUGACCCCCCUCUCCCCUCCCCUCCCCUCCCGACCGGGACAAAAGAGAAACCCCACCUGAAGAUGCUCAGGCUCUGGUGCGAGUUGUGUGUAAUUGUGUGUCCAUGCUUCUUAGAUGACCCUGCUGAGAGAGGACCGUACUUGAACACAAGGAAAAAAUAAAAAAAAAAACUCUUUACAAA